GUUACGUAGCUCCAUGGCCGGUGACAGAAGCGCUCAGAGCGAUGGGGCAAACAAAUAUUUUCAUGGUUACGAGGAUAAAUGAAAGCUUCGAGAAGGCUGACCUCUUUGUCAGAAUGCUGAACAUGUGACUAAAGAAAACUGGACACCUAGAUUGAUGGCAGCGUUAGCAGUGUUGCGUCACGCUAGCAGUAGUCCUCUGCUGUGGGGCUGGGGGCCUGUUCUCUUUGUCCUGCUGGGCUCAGUGUUGGUCUUUCUGCUCCCUCUAGUGGGUGUGGAGGAGCAAUGCUGUGCCAGACUUAAGGGUAUCUCCCUCUUGCACUGUCAGCUAUGGGGCAACACUCCGCGGCCUAUGGGCCACUCCACAAGCCUCACUGUGCCCUUCACAGCACUUGAGCUCCUGCCUCAAAAGCCCAAGCCUAGUAAAGAGACACAGUUGGAGGCAAAGGCAGCUCUCCAGCAGGCCCUUGAGAUGAAGAAACAAGGGAAAAGGGAGAAAGCCCACAAACUGCUCGUCCACGCGCUUAACAUGAACCCUGACUUUGUGGACGCUCUAACAGAGUUGGGGAGCAUUUUAGAAGAGGAGAAGGACGUGGUUCAGGCUGACCACCUGUACAGCAAAGCGCUUGCCAUUUCACCAUGUGACCAGAAGGCACUAGUGAGCCGGGACCGCACGCUCCCCCUGGUGGAGGAAAUUGACCAGCGGCACUUUGGAAUUAUUGACAGUAAAGUACGGCGCCUUAUGUCCAUCCCCAAGGGCAACUCAGCACUGCGACGGAUUAUGGAAGAAACCUACUACCACCAUAUAUAUCACACUGUGGCCAUCGAGGGCAACACGCUCACGCUCUCCGAGAUUCGCCACAUCAUCGAGACACGCUACGCUGUGCCAGGCAAGAGCCUGCAGGAGCAGAACGAGGCCAUUGGCGUGGAUGCAGCAAUGAAGUACAUCAACACCACGCUUCUGUCACGCACCGGCACCAUCGCCAUUAAUGACAUCCUAGAGAUCCACCGUCGCGUGCUAGGAUACGCAGACCCAGUGGAAGCGGGCCGCUUUAGAACUAACCAGGUGUUUGUGGGGCACCAUAUUCCGCCUCAUCCGAGCGAUCUGGACCGGCACAUGCAGGAGCUGGUGCAGUGGUUGAACUCAGAGGAAGCACUUCACCUCCACCCAGUGGAAUUCGCAGCUCUGGCCCACUACAAGCUGGUCUACGUGCACCCGUUUGUAGAUGGGAAUGGACGGACAUCACGGCUGCUGAUGAACCUGGUGUUGAUGCAGGCCAGCUAUCCUCCAAUCACCAUCCGAAAGGAGCAGAGAGCAGAGUAUUACGCUGCCUUGGACACAGCAAAUGAGGGCGAUGUGAGGCCGUUUAUACGCUUUAUUGCAAAGUGCACGGAGAUCACGCUGGACACGCUGCUCAUAGCUACCACUGAGCAUGCAGUCGGACUUCCCGGCGCAAGCAGUCAGGCGUGUCUGAACUGUAAGCAGACUAUACCUGCUCAUAACUGAAUUCCCAAAAUUGUCCUAGCAUAAGGAUCAUCCUUGAUCACUUAGGACACUGUUUCUAGUAGAUAAUUAUAUUACAAUGGGAAACUGGACCAUGUUCUGGUAUUCAUAAGGGUCGGCUGAAGGUCCAGGCUUUUAUUUCAACAGAGGUCAUUCUUCAGAUGUUACUCUUUAGUAGGAACAAAGGCCUGAUCUUGCUCUGGCCCUUUGUGGAUGAAAUUGCAUUGAAAUUAUAUCUUGGCAAGACAGAAGAACAUUUAAAAUCUAAUCAAUAUGUCAACUUAAUUCCUAAAUAUUUUUUACUUGUUUUAAGUAAGGCUGAAUGUUUUGGGGGAAAUACAUAAUUGUGAUUUUUCUGUUCAAUAUUGUGACAGCGAUUUUAAUUGUGAGAUUAAGGUCCAGUUCUGUUAAUUUGGCCAAGAAGUAUCCACUUUUUCAGGCUUGAGGGCAUGAAUGCCAAAUGUGUCUGACUGCCAGCUAGUUGUGGUAAUCUACAAAGUCAUCUACAUUCACAAGCUCUGUGCUACUAGGUUAAAUUUCCCCACUUAAAACUCCAGAUAACAUUGUAGAUUAAACUUGCUAUAAUUAAAACUGCAGAUCUUGUGAUUUGAAAAUUGCACUCAUUCAAAUGUAAUUACCAAUUCAGUAUUAACAAUUCAGUAUGCCAACUAUACCAAAUGCAGUUACCAAUUCAUUAUAAAAAAAAAAGUCUUUCUUUUUAAGUCAUUUAAUCCAGAGAAAUUCUUAUUCCACUCGUGGAUAAUUUGGCCUGUUCCAAACAUUACUUCUUGAAACAAAAUUAUCUGCCAACAGAAGAUGAUGAUUUCACUAGAUAAAAUUAUUUGCUAUACAAACAGCUAUAAAUAAAUUUAAUAAUCUUAUUCAAUAUUCUUACAACAUUCUCAAAAUGAGAAAAAUUAGAUAUAUUGAUUAGAUUUAAGUAGAUUUUUCACUUUCCAAGGUAUAUGUUUGUUUGUUUUUUUUUUUGUUUGUUUUUUUUGCACUUUGGGGACCACUGUUAUUUCAUAAAGUAAUGAAUACGCACAAAUCCAUAAAUUAAAUCCAGUUGCCACUAAGGACCAUUGUUGGGCCUAAAUCAUGAAGCCAUUUAAAAAAAUACAUGGCAAAUAGAUCCUUAAAAAUGAGUAACACAUAUUGCACCAUGCAAUAUUGCAGGGGUCUGCAAUUUUAAAAGCUUUAGGAUAGAUUUUAUUCUGGGUUUUCUGUUGGUUUAUGAAAACCUCUCAAAAAGACAUUUCUGAGUAUUCUCUAGUUCUUGGGAAGCAGCGCUUUCAUUCUGAGCCCAGAAACAGGUUAUGAGAUCAUCAGUAGAAAACUCAUUCCUUGUUUUUACAUUCAGGCCACUUUUUGUUUUUUUAAGGAAUCAGCUGUUGGAAAGUGUUUUGGAGAUUAAUGGACGGUUUAUUUUAGUAGCAACUAACCUUUAAAUAUUUGCAGCAACUGGGUAAGCAUGUUCAUAAAUGGGUCAUAUAAUAGUGUUUCAUUGUGGACCGUUGUUUUGACUCUGAAUGCUUAAUAGUAAUUGUUGACCACUGGCAACCACAUUCUUAAAGUGUCGCUCAUAAUUAAAGUUUUUUUCCUCUCUUCUUUUGUUAUAAUAUGGUCUGACCUUCUGGAAACAGAUUAGAGUCAGGCGAACAAAGCCUGGCUAACUAUAAUUUAUGCUAAUGCUAAACUCUUUGAUAGCCAAAUUAGCAAUAUAUGGUUGAACUAAAUUCUAUUUGUGUUCUUAAAGAUUUUUUAAGCUAUAAUGCUUUUAGUUUUUGUUUUUUGCGAUGCUAGAAAAAUCCUUCAUCUACCCCUGUUCAAAGUCUUUUUUUGUUUUUAUUCAGUUGCUUUUAUACACUAUACAGAAAGAAUGAACAUGUUGUUUGUGAUGUUGAUUCUUUUUGAGUCCACAAGGUUUGUCCAUCAGACACACUUAAUGGUGUUAGAAAUGAAAUGUAAUUUUAUUAAAGAAACCACUCGGCACCACUAAAGUCACCAUUGUAAAUAAUGUAGCUACCUUCUAAGUAGCUGAAUGAAUGCUUUGCCCAAGAUAAUGCUAACAUGCAGAAUGAAAGCUCAAAUUUUGGCUGUAUUGCACACAUAAAAUCAUGUCAAUCUAAUUUCUUAUUUCUACAAAUCUGGUUACAAGUCUUAUAAUGUGGUGCUGUUUUCUUUAAUAUUACAUUUCAUUCUACCACCGAUACCACAGUAUCACUUAGUGCCUCAUGUUUUAAGUUUGCACCAAAUGCACUUUGUUUUUGUGUAUUUAAAGGCUGGCGUAUUUAUUGACAUACAAAGUUAUUUCCAUGUGGGGGAAAGGUUUAUUAAAUUAUUGAGAGCA